AAGGGUUAGCCCCAACACGUGACUUUUCAAACUGUACAUAAGGGACUGUGGGUGGUUUACAGCAAACAGAGUUUCCAGAAUCAGGCGCAAGAAAGAUGGAGGUGACAACUCAACCCAAAGCAUAUGCCCCUAAAGAUUUUCAGAGUGGGUUAUUAAGCUGUUGUGAUGAUAUUGGCGUAUGUUGUUGUGGUUUGUUCUGCCUGCCUUGCUUGGGUUGCUCCAUUGCUAGCGACAUGAACGAAUGCUGCGCAUGUGGUUUGGGGAUGCCAAUCCGAAGUGUUUACAGGACAAGAUACAACGUCCCGGGAUCCAUGUGUAAUGACUGUGUGGUCAACUACUUCUGCACUUGUUGUGCAUCCUGCCAGCUGAAGAGAGAUAUUAAAAUAAGGAAGCGUAAUGGGGAAUUCUAAAGGAAACAUGGAUUUUUAGGGAAAGUAAAUGCAGAGGAAGUAGUUCAACAAAAUGCAACGGAAUAAGAGCUACUAGCAGUCUAUCUUACACUACUAUCUAGUUUUUAUUGCUCACAUUAGAUCAAGACAAGAUGGAGGAGUGAGUCACUGGAAAUGUAAUGACAUUUUAUGGCCAUAUUGUAUGUAUAAAUAAAUAAAGAUUAUGGUUUCGCAA